UCAGGAGGGUGUGUUUCUUGAAUAGCCCCAUCGAAAGUGGCCAGUGACGGCAGGGUUUAAACCAGACAGCGCAGAGAUACACAACUUGAAAAGUUUUCCUUGGCUGAAGUUUGUAAAAGGACAGACUACCAAAAUGGUGGUUAUUGAGCAAAGGCAAAACAGACAGUCAGACUACCGUAAUGGUGGUGAAGGGGAAAUGACCAAGGAGGAUGUGCUGAGGGAGUCUUCAGAAGGAGACUGUGUCCUGGGACGGUACAGCAUUAUUUCCCGUAACUCUGAGAGACCGGUGAUCCAUCAGGUGGCAUCGGCACCCAUGCCUUCAGACUGUGAGUUCUCUUUCUUUGACCCAAAUGAUCCUCUGUGUCGGGAGGUUCUGCUGGAUCCACAGACCACUGUUCCCGAGCUCUUCGCUGUUCUCAGACAGUGGGUUCCCCAAGUUCAGCGGAAUAUUAGUGUCAUUGGCAACGAGAUUCUGAAAAGAGGCUGUGGUGUCAAUGACCGAGAUGGUCUUACUGACAUGACUUUAUUGCACUACUGCUGCAAGGCAGGGGCUCCAGGAAUAGGUGACGCUGAGAGUGCUGCCAGUUUCGCCCGUCAGCUGUUGUCUCUGGGAGCCGAGCCGUCCUUGCGCAGCCGUUGGACGAACAUGAACGCUCUCCACUACGCUGCAUAUUUCGACGUCCCUCCCCUCAUCUGUGUGGUUCUGCAGGCGUCACAGCCAGGAGAGGUGGAUGCGACCUGCAGUGAUUUUGACUUUGGCACUGCGCUGCACAUCUCCGCCUCGAAUCUGUGUACCUCUGCAGUGAAGUGUCUGCUGGAGCUGGGAGCCAACCCCGCUUUUAGGAAUGAUAAGGGCCAGUGUCCGGCUGAUGUUGUUCCAGAGCCUCUCGACAUGCCUCUUGAAAUUGCUGAUGCCGCGGUCCAGGCUAAAGAGCUGCGCACACUGCUUCAGGAGGUCCUCCCCAGACCCGAUGCUCUCCUCCCGCUCCUGCCAGCCCGACCUCCAGGUCUCCUCUCGGAUAAAGCUCGUACCCAGCUUUCAAGUAUGGGACUUCACAUUGGAGACAAAGUUAUCAUUGCUGGUCAAAAGGUCGGGACUCUGCGGUUCUGUGGCAGUACAGAGUUUGCUGGUGGUCUUUGGGCUGGAGUGGAGCUUCACCAACCAGUGGGCAAGAAUGAUGGAUCGGUUGCUGGCGUUCAGUACUUCAACUGCCCGAUUAAACAUGGAAUCUUCGCCCCCCUUUCUAAAAUCAGCAAACUAUCAGAACGCCGGAAAAGCAGUCCACGCCAACCGUCCGCUCCCGUUCCCCACCCAAGACGGAUUGACUUGGCGCGGGUCACGUCCAAGGUCAACACAGGUCUUCUUUCACGCAGUUGUUCCACUUCCUCUUCCUCUUUGGACUCCAGACAAACAUCCAGGCGCCCACCACGGCCACUCCCACGUCAAAGACCACCUCUGCGGGCAAGACAGGAACGGACCCCUCCUAUCACCAGAUCUACUCCUCCUCCCUCCCGUUCCCUCACCGCCACGCCACACUCUGUAAUUGCUCGCAGCAGGACCCCUUCAGCCAGCAGCACAGCACAAGAGAGCCUAGAGGUGCAUUUAGGGGAACGUGUAUUGGUGGUGGGACAAAGGACAGGGGUUGUCCGAUAUUACGGCAAGACCAGUUUUGCUCCAGGAUUUUGGUUGGGGAUUGAGUUGGACAAGCCGAGCGGAAAGAAUGACGGAUCAGUUGGAGGAGUACGAUACUUCAGCUGUCCUCCGAAACACGGAGUCUUCGCCCCACCCUCACGAGUUCAGAGGAUUCAUGGCUCAGUGGACUGUCUGUCAGAACUGUCCUCGUCUCGGAUGAACUAUUCCUUCACAGGAAUCCGACGCACUCUCAGCACUUCGUCAGCCAUCACCAUACAGAGAGAACCAAGCCGAAAAAGUCAAGCAAGCAGGUGA